CUGCCAGAGUAGCUUUACGUUAAUCGGAGAGGAGAAAGAACUUAAUCUUACUAUCCACAAGAAUUGAGAGCCGACUGAAGGUGGUAUGUUUGUUUAACCAUCUACAUAUUACUUUUAUCUUUUCGUAUGGGCAUGGUUUUCUUCUGAAGCAUCGAUUUGCAAAAAGUAUUAGUAUUCAUUCAUUACCAAUUGAAGUAGUUCUUUCAAGUUUCCAUCCGUCCUUCCGUUUACGAAUUGCUUUCGUUUUUUCUCAGCUAAUAUGUCUUCAAACAAGAAUACUUUCUUUUCGUAUCUGGUCUUGUUCAUUUUUGGAAUUACCUUCUUUUGCCUCAUCAUGUACCGGUCAUGGUACACCCAAGCAAAGGCGGCUUCCGCAUUGGAGGAUAUAUUCCUUGGACCACUAUACGUUAACGAGAGCACGGAGCCUCUUCCCUUGCGCUUGUGCCUAGGCGUUUUCUCACAUGCAAAUAAUGUAGAACGAAGACGUUUGUUGCGUGAGGACUACCAUCAUUACAUCAGGGAAGUAGCUAAAAAAGACAAGAUUGAUCUCAAGUUUGUUUUAGGUGUGCCUAAUUCACAUGAAGGUCUGGCUACUAUACGCGAAGAACAGCGAUUGUAUGGUGACCUCGAAGUUCUCCCUAUUGGGGAAAACGUUGACCGCGGAAAAACUGUAGUAUACUUCCAAACAUUUUUGAAGGGAUAUCGAUCAUAUCCCUUACUUUCCAAAGUCGCAGAUGGCCAUCUGUUAGAUGAUAUACAGUACGAGCAUGAAAACCAGGGAUCAUUCGUCUACAAUGAAACGAUUGUUACUCAUGAGCUUCCAGGAAUGAAGGAAUUUCGCGAUUUGGGUGUAGAACGUGAUGAAUAUGAUUUCAUAGCAAAGGUUGAUGAUGAUGCGUACGUUAACUUACCCUUAUUGCUCUCAGAGCUUCGUCCUCACAUUGGUGAGGACGAAUUUUACUUUGGAAGAGAUUGUAGUCGUAAGGAAUUACCGACUUCUGUCCGUCAAUUUCCUUACAUGUGCGGUUUUGCGUAUGUUGUUUCACCAGAUAUAGCCUAUCGCAUUGCUAGUCAGCGAAAACUAUAUUUUCCCUGGGAAGAUGCUCAAACUGGUUAUAAUAUCAACAGAAACAAUGUAAAAAAUAUAAAGUUUACUAAAUACAAUCUGUAUGAUAUGGUUUUGCCUAAUGAAGGUUAUAAUCCACGACAGGCUUUCCUUCGCUUUGACGCCCUUGUCAUUCACAAGCUCAAAACAGAAAAGCUAUUAGCCUCUGUUAUUGGGUGGUUCCGAAAAAUGUACGAGCAUCGUGCUUACUGUCAAACUCUUUCUGGUGAUGAAAACCGUUUUUGUAUGAAAGCUUCUUAUCCUUCGGUAGCUGUCGAGGAGAAUCUUUGAUUACAUACAUCUCUUGUACCAAUGUUUUUUCAAUUAUUUACUCUUGUCAUUCAUUUUUUAUCCUUUUUCUUUUAUUUGCAUAAUCAUUUUUCAUGGGCUGUGAAACCCCCAUUGUCUCUCUUUUCUCCUUUCAUUUACGAAUUUUUGCUACGUACUUCUUUUUGUGUGCGUUUUAUUUUUUUUCUAAUUAUUUCUUUUUCAUCUUAUAUUUAUUUACUUUUAAUUUACUGUUUUUAUUUUGAUUUGCUUCCUUUCAAUUUCUUUGUUUUUAUUUUUUUCUUUUGUUUACUACCUCAAUCUAAUCAUCAUAAACAAUGCAUUGCGUAUGGUAACCACGAAGAAGGUAGUCACGUUUUAACCCUACCCUAGAGAUAUUGAAAAGUUAUAAAAAGGCACCGUUCGCAUUCUGUUUCUUUGAAUCAAAAAUUUAAGAGGUCAGCCACGGUGAAUAUGUGAAUGAAUACGUAUUACACUGCCAGAGUCAUUCGUUGACUUUGCGACCUCGAGAUCAAAACUCGUUGACAAAGAACCCUGCUCUUAUGACCUAUUAAGUUAGGCGAUUGGCGUAGGGGCCGACGAUGCGAGAAAUUCUUUUCAUAGACAUCUUAAUAUUAUUUAAUAUAUUACUGCAUUAAUAAUACCGAACAUUUACGAAUAUAUGCUUUUUGUAUUGAGUGUGGAUGUUCAUUUGUAA